CCAUCUCCUCCGCGUGAUCGGGCCACUGACUGGCUGAUUUUUAUAUGUCUGUGUCUAUGCUCUGCCUGCCGCUGAUCUCCGCCAGCGCGAUCGCGCUGUCGCCCGGCCGCGCUGCGCCGCUGGUGCCUCUCGUGGCGGGCCGGGCUGGCCGGCUUGCCGCCGCUGGCUACGGCGACGAGCUGCCAGAUGCGCGCGAUGAGCUGAAGGUCCGCUUCAACCGCGACGCGGGCACGGCGAGCUUCAAGACCCCGGAGGAGUACGCCGCGGAGGCGCGCGCGGCCGAUCAGCAGCAGCAGGAGACGCGGAAGGCGCGCGAGACGCAGGAGCUCCUCGAGGAGAUCCAGGCGCUCAUGCCAGAGCCAAAGGCGGAGCCGCCUGCAAAGGCGCCCAUCGACCUCAACGGCAUCAAGCCGACGGACCUGCUCAUCGGCGCCGGCUCGUACGCCGUCGUGGCGGUGCUCGCGUGGCAAUUCACGAACGCGGCGGCGGCGUACUUUGCGGCGAACGACGUCGAGUCGUCCAUCUACUACGUCAACAGGCUGACGGGACUCGCGCGCGUCGUCGUCAUCGCCAUGGGCGGGCUGGGCACCGGCGUCACCAGCAUCGCCUCGGUGGGGCAGGCGGCGCUGGCCGUGCAGGUGGCGCUCCAAAUCUCGCGGGGCGAGCUCGACCCGAACGCCGAGCGGAAGCUGCCGCCGGGGGGGCGCAAGGUGGGAGAGACAGAGCGGCUCUUCCGGCUCAUGACAGGAGGGGGGAAGAAGAUCUUGUGAGGUCGUACGCGUGUGACUGCCCCGCAGGUGUGUGUUGUCUGUGUGCCAAACAAUGUCUCUCUCCCCCAAAUUAAAUCAG